AUGAUGGGCAAAAAGCAUGACAAACCAGCCGUCUUCGAGGCUCAUCUGAUGGGCAAAAAGCACGCUAAAGGGGUAAAGAAACACGCAGAGGUUCUGUUUGAUGAUAAAAAGAUUCUGGAACAAAGUCUUGACCAAGAGACACGGUGGAAGAGGUUGAGUUUGAGCCUAAGGAUGCACAAGCGUGUGACAAUAUUGCAGGUUAUCUCUCAAACACAUUGCUACCGUCCAAGCAAAGAAGAACUCGCAAGCCACGUUGGUGUCUCAACGGAGAAGCUUGAUAAACUUCUGUACAAUACAAGAACACCUCUAUCAAUGCAACAACCCAUUUGGUCUGAUCAAGACAUCACCUUUCAGGAAGUGACACCAGACAGUGGGAUUGAGACACCGGACAUGAGCGUAGGGAAGCAAAUGAUGAGGAAUCAUGUAAGGAAUCUACUUAAUGUGCUGAGUCUUAAGGAGAGGAAGAUCAUCAAGCUGAGGUUUGGGAUUGAUGGUGGGAAGCAGAGAUCGUUGUCUGAGAUAGGAGAGAUUUAUGGACUGUCUAAGGAGAGGGUAAGGCAGCAAGAGAGCCGAGCAUUGUAUAGGCUUAAGCAGAACAUGAACAGCCAUGGACUCAAUGCUUAUGCUGAUUUGCUUGUCUAG